AUGGAGAGAGGAAGGGAGCGACGGGCCAUGGAGAGAGGAAGGGAGCGACGGGCCAUGGAGAGAGGAAGGGAGCGACGGGCCAUGGAGAGAGGAAGGGAGCGACGGGCCAUGGAGAGGAAGGGAGCGACGGGUCAUAGAGAGAGGAAGGGAGCGCAGGGCCAUGGAGAGAGGAAGGGAGCGCAGGGCCAUGGAGAAAGGAAGGGAGCGCAGGGCCAUGGAGAGAGGAAGGGAGCGACGGGCCAUGGAGAGAGGAAGGGAGCGACGGGCCAUGGAGAGAGGAAGGGAGCGACGGGUCAUAGAGAGAGGAAGGGAGCGCAGGGCCAUGGAGAGAGGAAGGGAGUGCAGGGCCAUGGAGAGAGGAAGGGAGCGACGGGCCAUGGAGAGAGGAAGGGAGCGCAGGGCCAUGGAGAGAGGAAGGGAGCGACGGGCCAUGGAGAGGGGAAGGGAGCGACGGGCCAUGGAGAGAGGAAGGGAGCGACGGGCCAUGGAGAGAGGAAGGGAGCGACGGGCCAUGGAGAGAGGAAGGGAGCGCAGGGCCAUGGAGAGAGGAAGGGAGCGACGGGCCAUGGAGAGAGGAAGGGAGCGACGGGCCAUGGAGAGAGGAAGGGAGCGCAGGGCAAUGGAGAGAGGAAGGGAGCGACGGGCCAUGGAGAGAGGAAGGGAGCGACGGGCCAUGGAGAGAGGAAGGGAGCGACGGCUCCGUUGAUAAAGUAG